UAUCGUUUGGAGAGUUAAGAGGACACGCGGAUAAGCUCCACGCACGAGACGCGCUGUCACUGUAACCGAAUGGUGACCUAACAGAGAUGGCCGGUGCAGGUUUGUGUUGUGCCAGCCUGGAGGAGCCCAAGACCCUGAUGAAGAUGGGUCUGAGCAUGAUCCUCAUCGGCCACGUUAACUUCCUGUUAGGGGCGCUGAUGCACGGCGUGGUGCUCAGACACAUCAACCUCCACAAGCAGGCCCGGGCCAUGGAGUACGCCAUCUCCAACGUGGUCGCCCUCACCUCCGGCCUCGUGGGAAUUGUUGUCGGCAUUCUGGCUAUCGUCCUGUCUAAAAACAAGAAGAGUAGAGGCCUGAUGUGGUCACUUUUCACGGUGGGCCUGGCCGCGGCACUCACGGCGGCAGCCUCGGCCAUCGGGCUCUCCGUGUCCGUGGUGAGGGCUGUCGUUCACGGCGGGCGGAGCCUCCUGACUCACUGCCGUUUCCCCGAUGCCGUCGGCUACUCCAGCAUCACCAACGAGUGUCCUUUUGACCCCACUCGCAUCUACAGUACCACUCUGAUCCUUUGGGUGCCUCUGAUCGUGACCUGUGUCAUCCAGAUGGUGUUUUCUGCCCGGUGCUUCGCUGUCUGCGUUUCAUUCCUGGGUCUACCUUGUUACCCGAACAGUAAGAGAACCAGGGACUUUGGCAGAGCGAUCAAUGUGGUGAGGCCGAUGGAGGAAGCUGCUCCCUCUCGCUACCCUGAACCACCAAGAAGCCACCGUGAACCUCCAACACGCUACUCUGAACCUCCAACACGCUACUCUGAACCUCCAACACGCUACUCUGAACCUCCAACACGCUACUCURAACCWCCRASAMGCURCWCUGAACCACCGAGAAGCUGCACUGAACCACCGAGAAGCUGCACUGAACCUCCAACAUUCUACACUGAACCUCCACGAAGUCACCGCGAACCUCCGAGACGGAAUACCGAACCUACAAGACAGCAGCGCAGACCUCCACAGCAUCCUCCCCAUCAGCACCGGAGUCUCCCUCCCUCGGAGAGGCGGCCCCUCCGCCAGCCCAACAGAGAAAGGUCAGACAGAGGAAGGCAAGAAACGCGUGUUGGCAGCCAGCAAAAGGCAGCAGAGAAGCACCAACUGCUGGAGAGGGCGACGCUGGAAAGGUCCAGCUUCUGGAUUUAG